AUGAUGAAUAAUAGGACCGAUCUUGUUAAAAACUCUGGUAGUUUACACAUUUAUUAUGCUAAUAAAACUUUUAAACAUUGGAAAAAACGAUGGCUUCAAUUACAAGAUCAACAGUUGUCUAUAUAUCAAGAUUCCUUUUAUAAACGUUUGGAAAAGACGAUUCAUAUUCAAAAUUAUCGAGUAUCCAUUACAAAUUCAUAUGAUUCAAUAUCACACAAAGGAUAUACUUUUAAAAUCUAUAAUCCUUAUUCGUCCAAUGAAAAACCAAUUUAUUUUGCUGCAAAUACUAAACAAUCAAUGACACAAUGGAUCAAUGCUUUACGUCUUUCAGCUUCAAUUAUUAAUGAUGUUCCUGUUGAAACAUAUUUUGGUACUGAUUUGCAUUCAAUUGAUUCAAAUACUGAAUUAGAUUAUAAUGGUUGGAUGAAUACUAAUAGUUCAAAAACACAAUAUAAAUCGUAUAAACCAACAAUGCCUGUUGCAGCAACAUCGACAAUAAAUGAACAAAAUCGAUUUCUAAAUUCAUAUGAUCAGGAGGAGGAGGAUAUUGAUUAUAAUAAUCGUUGGUAUCAUGGACGUUCAGCAUCACCAGUAUAUCCUCAGAAUGUUAGUAAUGGUGUUAUUCAUCAGUCAUCUUCAGCAACUAUAGGUUCAUGGGGCUUUGACGUUAAUCGCUCAGCAAACGGACAGACACCGUUAUCGUUUACAUCAAACAAUAAUAAUAAUAACAAUGAUCAUCGUACAAUCACGAGGACAUCAAGACGACUAGAUGAAUUGACAGAAGACUAUAACGAACGUCUUGUAGAUAGAACAACUACUCCUCCUCAACGUUUUAAAUUACGAACACCUACAUUAACUAGACAUCGUGACGGAAACGAUUUUACUGUUGUUGAUCGUCUUGUUCUUGGUCCAAAUCGUGUUGCACAAACAGAUUAUUAUCCAUCGAACGAAUCACCACGUCAGCAAUAUAUGUCUCCAACAACUCGAUCUCGGCAAUCAUCAACACGAUCAAUAUUACGUCGACGAUCAAAAUCAAUUGGUGAUUUUACAACGCCAACAACUAGUACAUCUCCUCCUCCUCCACCUCAUCUUACACAAUCUUAUCAGCAACAAUAUCAAUACCAUGAACGACCUCAACUAAGUCCAAAUAAUCAUCAUAGAACAUAUGCUGAACAUGAAUUAAUGGCUUGGCAGAAUCGUAUGUUACAAAGAGAUCAUCGUGUGGGAAAUAAUCAGAUAGUUCGUCCACCUUCACGUAAUACUAAUGGUUGGACACAAUCACCACGAAUGAGUAGUAAACGAGGCGGAUUCAAUUCUUCUCAAACAACAAAUCGUCAAAUGCCUGUAUCAACUCGACCCACAUCUGUUAUGUCAAAUUUAAGUGGGAGUCAACGUUUUGAUCAUGAUUGUCAUGAAUCCAUAAAUAAAUCAUCAAGAAUUAUAAAACGAUAUGUUGAAUUACUUAAUCAUUUAUUAACAUUUUAUGAGAAAAUUACUGAUCAAUUAUAUGGUAGAAAUACUUUUUUGAAGAAUAACUCAUCGCCACAACAAUCGGUAUUUAUGCAACAUUGCCGAAAAAUAGCUGAACAAUUACAACGCUGCAAACCAAUAUGGGAACGAAAAAUGAUCGAUCUUCAACAUUUACUUAAAGAUAUGUCAACACAUGAAUGGUCAAGAUUGAAAAGUGAGACAACAUUUCUACAACGUCGUUCAACUUUAAUUAAUUUAAUACAAACAUUAAAUUCUCGUAAAGAUCUUGAUGAUACUCAAUUCUCGAUUCUCAAUGAUAUUGAUCGAGUAUUACAUGAAGAUAAAUUAGCUGUUCAACUUCAAGAUGAAUUAUCAACACUACUUCAACAUCAAUCAUUAUUAAAUGAUUUUACAUCAUUACUUCAAUGGAAUCGUCAGAUCUAUUCUCCAAAUGAACAAAAUCGUGUAGAAAAUAUUCUACCAUUAUUACGUGAACAAAUAAAUACAACUGAUAGUUAUGUAUCACAUGUUAGUCAACAAUUAACAGAAUUAGUUACAAAUUUACGUUCAUUAGAAAAAUAUAUUAUAUCUCAUGUUAACACAAUUCCAUGCUUUGAUGAAGGAUUAUCAUCACCAAAUCGAAAUGGUUGGCGUUCACAUAAUGAAACUGAUAUAGAUACAUUAAAAACAAGAAAUCAAACUGAACGAAUAAAAGAGGAUUUUCAACGUUCACCUCGUUAUCAAUCACGUCCAUUAAGUAUGCAUACACCAACAAAUCAACAGUAUCAUCUAAAUGGUAGUCCAAAUUAUCGUAGUAAUAAUUAUACGAAUGAAAAUUUUGAAUGGCAUCGUCAAAGUCCUAGUCCAACAAAACAAAGAUCUGUAUCAAUGACACGUUAUCCUGACCCAUCUGAACCAGUACGUGGUCCAUCAACAGCAGAUGAUUAUGAUCGUGAUGGAUUACGAACACCAACAAAAUGGACACCAAGAAAAAAUAGUUUACAUUUAAAUACAAAUAAUAGUAAUAGUAAUUCAACAACAGCAACAACACGUAUGGCAACUGUUAAAUCCGCUAGACGUGAUCAUGGACUUAUACCAAAUAGUAUACUUAAACCAUAUCCACAUACACGUACAACACUUGAAACAAAAAAAGAUUUUGAUAUUGAUACAAUUGAUAAAGAAAUAUAUCGACCAGAUAAAGUUGAUAUACCUGAUAGAUUAAUUGAUUUUGGUAAUGAUGAUCAAAUGUUAACCCCAAAUGAACGUUUAGCAAAAAUGAAGAAAAAAGAAGAAGUACGAAAAAUGCUUUCAAAACAAAGUAUGCAAGAACUUAAUGAUCAUGAUUAUAAUGAAAGAGAUAUUCAUUUACCUUACAAUCAUCAUCGAUUAGAAAAAGAACGUGAAAAAGCUCUUAAUUUACAAUCAGUACUUGCAGAAGAAGCAAAAGAAAAAAGUCGUCAAGUUGCAGCAAAACAUUAUUUAAAUAAAUCAUAUCAACAACAACGAGCAUCUCAUCUAAAUACAUAA